AGUUCUUAGUAAACCUUGAGAGGGGGUUGUUGUUGAAUGUGCAAAAAGUUUACGUGAUUGACUACGAAAUUUAAUUGAACAUUUUGAACGGAGUCCCGCAUUUUUUGUUAUAAUAUUAAUCUGUAUGGAAUAUUAAAGAUAUUUCAAGAAAGUAAUGACAAUCGGUGCAUUAUACUAAAACCGCGAUAGUAUAGACAGUCCACAGAAAGUGCUAAGUGGAAUCAUAAUGUGUAAAUUGGCUGUUUGUGGAUUUAUUGUGUUAAUAAUAUUAAACUUUGUUGAUGCAAUCAAGGAGCACUGCAACCACGAGGAGGACAUGCUGCAGAAGUGCUCCAUGGCCCUGCCGGUCCUCAGCUCACCUGAUAUCUCAUUCGCACUCACACGGGAAGAGCUUGAUAAGAAUUGCAUAGAACUCCGUUCAGGCAUCCGUUGCAUAGAGAACUACACCCAGGUUUGCAUGGAGAAGCACGAGCAGGUGGUGUUCAGGAGGAUAUACUCUGGCAUAACUGGAGUAGUCCAGGAGCUGUGCACCCGCGGCUCUUACCAGGACGAGUACCUGCGGCACGCCAGCUGCGUCAAGACAGUCCGUCCGGAGUAUGAGAGGUGCAGCAAGAAGUAUGAGGUCACGCUGACCACGCUGAGUGAGCCGCACAAAACUGAACAGUACAGCACUGGCAGGAAUGACAGCCCAGAAGAUCACUUGAAGACUGUCUGCUGUUCGUUCCAAGAGUACCUGACGUGUUCGGAGCAGACCGUGCAGAGAUCGUGUGGAGACGAGGCCGCUCUCUUCACCAGUGAGUUCCUCAAGAAAAUGGCUUCUAACAUCAUAAAGAACUUUUGCCAUGAAUAUCGAGAUCAAGAAUGUGCAUUGGGCGGUAAAGGAUCGCACAACAGCGUAACUUUAAUAUUAAUCAGUGUUACAAUAUUAGCAAACCUAUUUGGUGCAAACUUCUUGGUACCAACGUAAAAGACUCAUUUGAAUUAUAAAUUAAUUUAAAAAUAGAAGGCUAGUGUGGCAGUGAAGUGUAAAUAAUGAACUUGGACGGUUGCAUCUGUUUUGUUCAAUGCUUAGAAGACGUAUGUACCUAUUGUAGAUAUUCUUGUAUUCGUUUUUUAUAUGUGUGGGUUGCUAGUGAUGAAAAUUUUCUGUAAAAGUGCAAUAUUACUCGUUGUUGAUCAACGUAUUUCUUAUAAAUAAUUUUAAUUAUUGUGCAUGAUUUAAAUCAGUCUGUAUAGUGGACUCUCAAUGAGAUGCCAAUACAUUUCUGAAAUAAAUGUAAAAUCUAGUCUUGUUACUAUUAUAAAUUGGUUUGACUUCCAUACUUGCUUUAAUUGCAUGGGAAAUUGAACUUAAAACAUGUAUUUUUUACAUAUUUGCAUUAAUUUCGCAAAAUAAUUCUGAUUUAUUAAGAGCAACAAUAUGAAAUGGUAGUCGAACUAUGAGAAAGUGAGUAAAAUGAUUAAGUCUUUGUAAAUAAAAGAAUAUUUAGUGUAAAUUAUCUGUAUGUCUCGUGUUUGUUAAGGCUGGGUUAGUUUUAUCUGUUAAAAGAUGUUUAAUUUGUUACUUUAACAUCAUAUCUAAAUAAUGUUAUGGAAUCAUCAUAGAAUUUAUGUUUUAUCAUUUAUAAAAGAGGUUCUUUCCUUUGUUCAACCUUGUUAAGUCGUCUAAAGCACUAAACGACCACGAUUCCCGUUGUCAUGCGUUAAUUAAAUAGCCCAAUGUUAUCCUAAAAUUUUGUAAAUUGACUGGUACUGGUAAGACAACAAAAACAUUGCAAAGUUGGGGUGUUUAAAAUUAAUAUAUAAUCACGUACAAUUGUUAUUUUUCUAGUUUGUAUUUGGAUGGUUAGUCCCGAAAGCUCAUUAUUGUGAUAGAUUAGGAAAUGAGAUUUUUAAAAGAUGAAUUAUGUAGGGUUUUGUAUUGUUGCCAUUUCUUGAUAUUUUUACCCUUUUGUUUUUAUAUCGAUUGCUUGUAGAAUUACACCCUAAAUAUAAAUUGCUCGAAUGUUAAUUUUGCCUACUUUCAAUUUAAAUAUGUAAUAUUGAUACUAAAAUUUAUCAUUGAAAUAGACUUUAAAUUAAAUUCUAAAAUUUAUAAACAUUUACAUAUCAUUAUCAUAACUAUAAAUUAAAUCAUACAUUUUUAUUUCUAAUAAAAAUGUAAUCUUGAUAAAUCAUCAUCAAUAGGGAUGUUGACUUAUUUUGAAUGUAUUAAAUUGCUCACCAAAAUAAGAAAAAA